AUGGCGCUGCACCUCCCAGCCCACACGCUCAGCGACGCUCCACCCUCGCCCAUCACGGGCGUGCACCUCAACGCCGACCGGUCCGUCUUCGCGACCUCGACCACCGAGGGCUGGGUCGUGUACCGCACUCAGCCCCUCGAGGUCCUCACUCGCCGAGACCUCCCCGACGCCUCGCUCCGCAUCGUCCUCCCCCUCGAGCGCUCCAACCUCGUCUUCCUCGUCGGCGGACCCCCGUCACCGCUGUACCCGCCCAACAAGGUCGUCCUGUGGGACGCGCGCGCCCAGGGCGCCGUCGCCGAGCUCGAGUUUCGCGAGGACGUGCGCGGCGUGAGGGCGAGGCGCGACAGGCUCGUCGUCGUGUUGCGCAGGAGGGUCGUCCUGUUUGUGCUCGGCGAGGGCGACGCGGGCAUUUGGCGCGAGGGCGCGUACGAGACGUGCGACAACCCGCGAGGCCUCGCCGCACUCGCGACCGCCCCACACUCGACCCUCCUCGCCUUCCCCGGCCGCCAACCCGGCCAAGUCCAGCUCGUGCGCCUCCCUCCCCUCUCGCCGCCCGGCGGCGACCCGCCUCUCCCCCCGCCACCCUCACACGACCCGACCGCCGCUCCACACCCGGCCACGUCGGUCCUCCUCGCGCACGAGAGCCCGCUCGCGGCACUCGCGACGUGCGACGACGGGCGCGUACUCGCGACGGGCUCGAGCCGCGGCACGCUCGUGCGCAUCUGGGACGCUGCGCCGCCUGCGCGCACUCGAGCGGGAGCUGGAGGUGCUGGUGGUGGUGGAGCAGGUGCGCCAGGAGGGACGCUCGCGCGCGAGCUGCGGCGCGGGACGGACGGCGCAGAGAUCUUUGACGUGGCGCUCAGCCGCGAGGGGGACCGCACCCCUCGCUCGCACCAGCUCUCGCUCCUCAAGCCGUACCUGCCCAAAUACUUUUCGUCCGAGUGGUCCCACGCCCAGUUCCGCCUCCCGCCUCCCCCAGGCGGGCCCACCGCCUCGCGCCUCCCGUUCAGCCUCUCGAACCCGGGCCCGUACCCGCACACGCCGUUCUCGGGCGGCGGCACGAGCGGCGGCUGUGGCGGUGGCGCGGGAGGUGGAGGAGGAGGGGAGGGAGGCAAGGGGCCGAGGGCGGCGUCGGUUGAGGACGAUGUGUGCGUGUGUGCGUGGAUCGAGGUCGACGCGCUCGACGAGGCGCCGGCGGCAGCGGCGGCGCCAGUCGUCGAGCCUCGUCCUCGACCUCGAGCGCAGGGCCGGUCCUCGUCCAGCGCGCAGCAGCAGCAGCAGCAGCAGCAUGGGCGUUCGGGCGCCGCCGCAUCGUCUACGACGUCGACGGCCCCGCCACCGAGGCGCAAGGAGACGCAGCUCGUCGCCCUGACGCGCUCGGGCGGGUGGUACCGCCUCGCGUUCGACCCUCUUCCCGCUCCCUCCUCUGCCUCCUCGACCUCCUCACACGCACCCUCAUCCUCCUCAUCCUCGUCAUCAACCAAGGGCAAGGCGCCCUCGCGCCCGAGCUCGGGCACGUCGACGCCGCGCGCCGAGCGCGACCCGGGCGUCAAAGGGCUCGCGCGCGACUCGACCGGUGGCGGGUGCAGGCUCGUCGAGUACCGCAGGUUGGGCGGCGUCGAGGGGUGGUGAGAGGAGAGCGGUGCAGGGGGUCGGUCGAGCGGAUUGGGCGGGCGGGCGAGAAGGAUUGGGCCGAGCGGGUGGAGAAGGUGGGAGCGAGCGGGCGGGAGGGAGUGCCGCACCCUGCGCUCGACUCGACCAUGUCACACUAUCCAGUACCUUUACUUCCCUCGCCGGCUCGCGGUUAUACCUCCCCCCUCGUUCGCCCUCGUCCUCGACUUGUUGUCCAUCCUCCCCCGCACCUGUCUCUCUCUCAACCUCGCGCCGUCCGUAUUGCGUAGCUCUCCUCGC